AUGGCGUCUGCCGAGCCCGCCGCUCAGUCGCACCUCGCGCAAGAGUCCUCCACAUCCAGCGAGGCGGCCGCGGCCGGGCAAGAAGAGGCGCCGCAAGAACCGGUCCCGGAAGCAGCCGCGCCAGGAGCGGAGGCGGAGGAGGAGGAAGGGGAGUGCGGGUUCUGCCUGUUCAUGAAGGCCGGGGGCUGCAAGGACGCCUUCGUGGCGUGGGAGGAGUGCGUGGAGGCGGCGCAGAAGGAGGAUUCCGACAUGGUCGAGCGCUGCUACCAGGCCACUGCCAACCUCAAGAAGUGCAUGGACGCGCACGCUGACUACUACGCGCCCGUGCUGCAGGCCGAGCAGGCCGUCGCCGACCGCGCCGAGGCUGCCGCCGCCGCAGCAGCAGCCAACGACGCCGGUGAGGAGAAGAAAGAAGAAAACGUUUCUGAGAAAGCGGCAGCUUCCUCCCCGGCGGCGGCGGACGGCGAGGGGAAGAAGGAAGAAGCGUUUUCUGAGAAGAUUGAGUAA